AUGGAUAACUAUGCCUUUGUCAGUGAUGAAUUGGUGCUGGAAUCGACUCUGUCCGGAAAACAGGGUCUCCCUACCGCAGAGCCAAUGCCGUCAGUUAUUUGCCUUGAAACAAAGAGGGGCAGGAUCACGGAGCCGAGGAACGUGCUAAUAAAGAUGCCUGCCAGCUCUGAGGAUACCGCUCUGUUGAGCUUGCUGGCGAUCGACAGCAUGGAUGAUAUAGAGUUGAAGAGCAUCCAACUACAAUUCCCGCGUCGGUUCAGUGAUGGUGCUUGCCAGGAGGUGCGAGUGCACACCGAUCGUGGUGACAUUAUGGUGGCCGUGCGCGGGGAACGAACCAAGCCCGCCAUACUGACUUACCACGACAUGGGGCUCAAUUAUACCAGCUUCCAACCGUUCUUCAACUACGUGGACAUGAGAGCGUUGUUGGAGAACUUCUGCGUUCUGCACGUAAAUGCGCCAGGCCAGGAAGAGGGGGCGCCCACGCUGCCUGACGAUUAUGUAUAUCCAACUAUGGACGAGCUCGCCAACCAGAUCAACUACGUGCUGGUUCACUUUGGCAUUAAGAGCUUCAUAGGCUUCGGCGUGGGAGUCGGUGCCAACAUCUUGGCGAGAUUUGCUCUCACCAACCCGGAUAAGGUGGAUGCUCUAACUCUGAUCAACUGUUCUUCGAGCCAGGCAGGCUGGAUUGAAUGGGCAUCUCACAAGAUGAAUUGUCGCGCACUCCGCACUCGCGGUAUGACGCCCGCCGUGGUCGAUUAUCUCAUGUGGUACCACUUCGGAAGGUGUCCCGAGGAGCGUAACGCUGAUCUAUCAGCGAUGUAUCGUUCCUACUUCCGUCGUCACGUGAACGCUGGCAACCUGGCGAUGUUGGUGGACAGCUUCGCUCGUCGCUCCGACCUCAACAUCGCCCGCCAAGCUGGAACUCUUCGCCCGCCUGUCCUUAACCUGGCGGGAGCACUCUCGCCGCACCUCGAGCAAACGGUCACACUCAACAGCCGUCUACACCCAUCCAACUCCACUUGGAUGAAGAUCUCCGACGCUGCCAUGGUGCUAGAGGAGCAGCCUGGAAAAAUUUCUGAGGCUUUCCGUCUGUUUUUGCAAGGGGAAGGAUAUGUGGCGCCGCUGUCUCCAACCAAGAUCGUGUUGUUCCGCCGGCUGUCUGACGCUCGCGUGUGCCGUCACUCGUCCGUCAUUCGCAUCACUGAGAACCCUAUCUCGGAGGCUGUGGUCUGUUAG